ACAGGUGUAUUAUCACCUCCAGGACAACUAAUCUACAGUAUACUACCUGUUAAUCAUGAUGAAGCUGAUCCUUUCUCUGACUCUCAUCUGGGCCCUCUCCAGCACAGCUGCUCAAACAACUACAGCUCCACCAACAUCCACAACUCCACCAACAUCCACAGCUCCACCAACAUCCACAGCUGCUCAAACAACUACAGCUCCACCAACAUCCACAACUCCACCAACAUCCACAACUCCACCAACAUCCACAACUCCACCAACAUCCACAGCUCCACCAACAUCUACAGCUGCUCCAACAACCACAGCUGCUCCAACAACCACAGCUCCACCAACAUCCACAACUCCACCAACAUCCACAACUCCACCAACAUCCACAACUCCACCAACAUCCACAGCUCCACCAACAUCUACAGCUGCUCCAACAACCACAGCUCCACCAACAUCCACAACUCCACCAACAUCCACAACUCCACCAACAUCCACAGCUCCACCAACAUCUACAGCUGCUCCAACAACCACAGCUGCUCCAACAACCACAGCUCCACCAACAUCCACAACUCCACCAACAUCCACAACUCCACCAACAUCCACAACUCCACCAACAUCCACAGCUCCACCAACAUCCACAGCUGCUCCAACAACCACAGCUGCUCCAACAACCACAGCUCCUCCAACAACCACAGCUCCUCCAACAUCCACAGCUGCUCCAACAACCACAGCUCCUCCAACAACCACAGCUGCUCCAACAACCACAGCUGCUCCAACAUCCACAGCUCCUCCAACAACCACAGCUGCUCCAACAACCACAGCUCCUCCAACAACCACAGCUCUUCCAACAACCACAGCUCCUCCAACAUCCACAGCUGCGCCAACAUCCACAGCUGCGCCAACAUCCACAGCUCCUCCAACAUCCACAGCUCCUCCAACAUCCACAGCUGCUCCAACAUCCACAGCUCCUCCAACAUCCACAGCUGCGCCAACAUCCACAGCUCCUCCAACAUCCACAGCUGCUCCAACAACCACAGCUCCUCCAACAACCACAGCUGCUCCAACAACCACAGCUGCUCCAACAUCCACAGCUCCUCCAACAACCACAGCUGCUCCAACAACCACAGCUGCUCCAACAACCACAGCUGCUCCAACAUCCACAGCUCCUCCAACAACCACAGCUCCUCCAACAACCACAGCUUUUCCAACAACCACAGCUGCUCCAACAACCACAGCUCCUCCAACAUCCACAGCUCCUCCAACAUCCACAGCUGCGCCAACAUCCACAGCUGCGCCAACAACUAUACCAGCAGCAACAAUGACCACAGCUGCUCCAACAACUGCCUGUGAUGCCUACUCCAUCCGACUGGACAUGAUCCAUCUGCUGCUUGGACUCCUUUUCUUUACUCUCUGGUAGAAUACAGAAAAGACACAACUUGGGUUUAAUGCUCACUGAAAUCGUUAUUUGGCCUGUACCACCAGUGUGGCCUUUCCAGAUUGAGUGUUGUUUAAUGGUGAAAUAAAGUGGUUUUUAAUCUUUCUUAAUUUACGACCCACUUUUGAGAAAUAAAAUCUGAGGACCAUCCAUGAAAACAUGACAACAAAAAAAAAUUAACUGGGUUACAAAUAUGUGUCAGCUGUAAUGACCAACUGCAAUAUUCUGCUUAGCCACCACUGCCUGCCAUUAUGAAUUCAAAUUGAGAUUUGAUUGAGCAGUAUGCUUUAUAGUCCAGAAAUGAGUCUGAAAUAAUGUGGCUGGUGGUUUUAAACUUUCCCCAUCAUGAGGCAAAUUGUGUAAUGAGUUUUAAAAUGGUGAAAUAGGUGGUAUAAAAAUGGUGUUUGAUAAUCUAAUAUCUCUUUAUGUAAUUUAACUAUGUAUUUGUCUGUUAUCACAUAUUGCUCAUUUACA